ACCGACUGACCCGUUAAUACAGCCGGCGUAUACAUCCCCCAUUGCACUUUGAGGCAGAUCCCAUGCCCAUCUCUGACGUGUUGGCACAUGCUCACGGGCGUAUGCAGGAAGCAUUCCCUCCAACCGUCCGACACGGUUCUGACACAGGUCAUCCCAAUCACCUCACCUCUCAAUCGCUCGACAGUCUAAGCUCAACCGUCAAGUCUCUCUCUGUCUGAGGAGUCUCUGCUUCGAAGCUCGAUCUCCAUGACGGGAAGGUACUCCGUCCUCUUCUGCUCCGUCCUCCUCCUCUCCGCCGCUGCCGUCCACUCCCGCCGCGUCCUCAAGCUCUCCCAGCCUGCGGAUCCGAUCUCCGAUGGAAUUGAUGCCGGCCGGCGCGACUCGUACCUCCUCCUACCGCGGAGCUUCUCCGCGGCGUCGGAUUCCUGCGACCAGACGUACGGGUUCAUGCCCUGCACGUCCACCUGGAUCGGCAACCUCUUCCUGAUCCUUGUGUACGGCUAUCUAAUGUACUUGGCCGCGACGUUCCUCUCGAGCGGAAGCGAGCUGCUGUUGGAAAUUCUGGGGCCGGGGCUCAUCGGCGGUUUGUUCCUUCCAAUUCUCGGCGCUCUCCCCGACGCCAUGCUCAUUCUCGUUUCUGGACUCUCUGGGACCGCAGCAACUGCACAAGAACAGGUUUCUGUUGGGAUGGGCUUACUGGCCGGAUCGACUGUCAUGCUUCUUACGGUUAUAUGGGGAUCUUGUGUCCUUGUUGGCAAACGUGAUUUGCAAGAUUCAGUGGCUGUAGAUAAAGUUGAUACAAAGGGAUUUAGUCCAACAGGUUCUGGUGUUACCGUUGACGAUUGGACGAAGUAUGCUGCUUGGAUAAUGGCCAUCUCAGUCAUACCAUUUAUUAUUGUUCAAGUUCCUCAAUUUAUGAGUUCCACUUCGGGAAGGCACUUGGCAGUCUUGAUCGCUCUUAUAGUCUCCUUGGCGUUGUUGGUUUCGUACUGCCUUUAUCAAGUCUUUCAGCCAUGGAUUCAGAAGAGGAAACUUGAUUAUGUAUCCCGCAAGCAGGUCAUCUUUGGAUUUCUGAGGCAUGUGAAAAGGCGUGCUCUCGGGAAGCUUUUCACUGGUGACGGUGAAGUAAACAAAGAAGCCAUAGAAAAGCUAUUCAGAACAAUUGAUGAGGAUAACGAUGAUUUUAUUUCCGCCACUGAACUGAAAGCACUAAUUGUAGGAAUCAACUUUGAAGAAAUAGAUUUGGAUGAAGAUGAUGCUGUAAAAAAGAUAAUGGAAGAUUUCGAUACAGAUACUGACUCAAAGCUUGAUUUGGAAGAGUUUGUCAAUGGCAUCACGAGGUGGCUCAAGAAGGCAAUCCGUUCAGGGGAUGCUUCUAGUGCAAGAAAUUUUGGCACAAUGAAGUUACUUGAUGACGCGCACCUUCAAACAAAGCGAGAGCAUGCUCAAUUGGCCAUGGGGGACCAAAAUGGUGAGGUUGCUGAGGGAGUCGACAUUCCCAAAUGGACCUCUCUGAAAGCUGUACUUCUAUUGGUUCUGGGAACUCUUAUAGCUGCUGCAUUCGCCGAUCCCUUGGUAGAUGCAGUUGAUAAUUUCUCAGAUGCAACUGGUAUCCCUACUUUCUUCAUCUCCUUCAUUGCUCUGCCUUUGGCCACUAACUCAAGUGAGGCCGUGUCAGCAAUUAUCUUUGCCAGCCGAAAAAACAAGAUAACAUCCUCCCUAACAUUCUCUGAGUUAUAUGGUGCGGCGACCAUGAACAAUGUUCUCUGCUUGGCAGUCUUCUUGGCCCUAGUCUACGUGAGAGAAUUGACAUGGGACUUCACAGCUGAAGUGCUGGUAAUUCUCAUAGUGUGCAUCGUGAUGGGUCUCUUUGCGAGCUUCCGCACCACGUUCCCUCUUUGGACAUCUUCCAUUGCCUUCCUACUCUAUCCAUUCUCGCUGGCACUGGUUUAUGUCCUUGAUUACGUUGUCGGUUUGUCGUAGAUGCACUCUUAGAAGGCGUUUGAACAAAUAAUCUUAUUAUUUUUGGCUUAUCUCUUUUAGGAGGUCCUGCUAGAUGAGAGGGACUAGGUUUUUCUGGUGUUAUUUUGGUGUGAGAGAACGUUUUGUAGUAAGCGGAUUAAUGCAAGAACUGCUCUUGAGUAUUUAACUUUGGUUCUUUGUUGAUGCA